UACCGCCAAGAUCGCGGUAGAAGAGCCGGUUCUCUCCGGUGGGCGGCGCGCGCCGGGUGUCCGGACUUUCCCGGCCCUGCCCGGCCCGACCCUGCGCGGCAGCAUGGCGGGCUCAGGCCCCAAGCGGCGCGCGGCGGCGGCCACCCUCCCGGCGAACGAGGAGGAGGAACGGCAGGCGCGGGAGCGGAUGCUGGCGGCGCGGGGCGCGGACGGCGCGGAGGGCGAGGUGACCCUGCAGCGCAACAUCACGCUGCUGAACGGCGUGGCGAUCAUCGUAGGGACCAUAAUCGGCUCGGGCAUCUUCGUGACGCCCACCGGCGUGCUCAAAGAGGCGGGCUCGCCCGGGCUGGCGCUGGUGGUUUGGGCCGUGUGUGGCGUGUUCUCCAUCGUGGGCGCGCUCUGCUACGCCGAGCUGGGGACUACCAUUACCAAGUCGGGCGGCGACUACGCCUACAUGCUGGAGGUGUACGGCUCGCUGCCCGCCUUCCUCAAGCUGUGGAUCGAGCUGCUCAUCAUCCGGCCCUCCUCGCAGUACAUCGUGGCGCUCGUCUUCGCCACCUACCUGCUCAAGCCGGUCUUCCCCACCUGCCCUGUCCCCGAGGAGGCCGCCAAGCUCGUGGCGUGCCUCUGCGUGCUUCUCCAGACUCUGGAAGCUCCGAUCUUGAGUGGCCAGUGGUGGGAUCGUUGGUGGUCCUGGAGCCGAGCUGUCGCCCUGCAUAGGCUCCGCGCACCAGUGCAUCUGGAAGUGAGGCCAGCCUCCUCAGAUGUUUGGGUGCUACUCACGGCCGUGAACUGUUACAGCGUGAAGGCCGCCACCCGCGUCCAGGACGCCUUUGCCGCUGCCAAGCUGCUGGCGCUGGCCUUGAUCAUCCUGCUCGGCUUCAUCCAGAUCGGGAAGGGUGACGUAGCCAAUCUGGAUCCCAAGUCCUCCUUUGAAGGCACCAAACUGGACGUGGGAAACAUCGUGCUGGCGCUGUACAGCGGCCUCUUUGCCUACGGGGGAUGGAAUUACUUGAAUUUUGUCACAGAGGAGAUGAUUAAUCCCUACAGAAACCUGCCCCUGGCCAUUAUCAUCUCGCUCCCGAUCGUCACCCUGGUGUAUGUGCUGACGAACCUGGCCUACUUCACCACACUGACCCCCGAGCAGAUGCUCACGUCGGAGGCCGUGGCCGUGGACUUCGGGAACUACCACUUGGGCGUCAUGUCCUGGAUCAUCCCCGUCUUCGUGGGCCUGUCCUGCUUCGGCUCCGUCAACGGGUCCCUCUUCACGUCCUCCAGGCUGUUCUUCGUGGGGGCCCGGGAGGGCCACCUGCCCUCCAUCCUCUCCAUGAUCCACCCGCGGCUGCUGACGCCCGUACCCUCACUGGUGUUCACAUGCAUCAUGACCCUGCUCUACGCCUUCUCCAAAGACAUCUUCUCCGUCAUCAACUUCUUCAGCUUCUUCAACUGGCUCUGCGUGGCCCUGGCCAUUGCUGGCAUGCUCUGGCUUCGCUACCAGAAACCGGAGCUGGAGCGGCCCAUCAAGGUUCAUCUGGCCCUCCCAGUGUUCUUCAUCCUGGCCUGCCUCUUCCUGAUUGCCGUCUCCUUCUGGAAGACCCCCGUGGAGUGUGGCAUUGGCUUCACCAUCAUCCUCAGCGGCCUGCCCAUCUACUUCCUUGGGGUCUGGUGGAGAGACAAGCCCAAGUGGCUGCUCCAGAGCAUCUUUUCCACGACGGUCCUGUGCCAGAAGCUCAUGCACGUGGUUCCCCAGGAGACGUAAGCGACCAGAACCAGGAGGCCACCCUGAGAGAGCAACUUGGUCCUACCAUCGAGGCAGCUCUGCCGGGGCCCCCACUGUCCCUGCCCCAGGGGGCGGCCGGGCCACGGUGAACCCUGGUACGAAUUUAGUCCCCGAAGGUGGAUGUCCGCAGAUACCUCUCGAGCGUGGAGGCAGGAACAUCAGACCAAGGAGGCCGCAGGCUUCCUCCCAAACCGGGCCUCCUUUCUUCUCACCUUUGUUUAUUUGUAUUAUUUUUUUUUAACUUAAGUCUCGCGUCAGGUUGAUAUUACAAAGACAAUUAUUUUUUUAAGAAAUGGGGUGGAAAAGUUUCUCCCCAAACGCUGUCUGCAGCACAGCGUUCUUCCGAGGGGCCAGGUCCUGUCACCAGAUUCUAGACAGUGGCCUGGACACAUGUGCUUGGCCUCCCUGUUUCUCCGUUGUUGUAGAUGAAGUGACUUUCGUGAAACUAACCUCCGGGCUUACGUCUCGUUGCCUUAAAGCCCUGCGCUAGCUCCCUCCCCCGGAGAAGAGAGAGGCCUAGAGGCUUGUAGAAGCAGGGCCUUCGAGCUGGUGGACAGCGGUGCCUUGGCACCUGCUGUGGGCAGGGGGCUCCAAGCAGAGGUCAGGGGCAGCUGGGCCACCCCGGGCCUCCCGUCAGUACAUGCAGUUGUGGCGGGGGGUGGGGGGGGCUACACCCUGUCACUCAGAACAUCUCCAAGGUCCUGUCUGUACACCCCACCCUGAACGCCAGCCCGAGCAGAGGCCCGAGGAGUCCGCUGGCUCCUGUGGCAGAUGGUGGGCAGUGCAGCCUCAGGCCUGUUCUGCAUCAGUUUUGGAAUCAAGCUCUAGCUCUUUCAAACCCUCACACUUGAAAUCUGUAAGCAGACCCCUCGACCCCUCAGGGGCUUCUUAUCUGUGUCCCAUGAGGCUGCACCCCCCCACCCCAGGCCUCAAGGGCUGGGUCACAGCCCUGGCAGCUGUCUGGGGUGCUCCCAGCUCCUGGCCGAGGCCCCCUGGCCCCGCCCCCGUCACCUGUCCCUGGCGCCCAGCCUCAGCUCCCCAGCUGCACCUGCUCCGGAGGCCGCCUGAGUCCUGCUGGGGCCAGCAGGCACACCCGGCCUCCCCCCGCCCCCAACAAGAGGCUGUGCUUUUGUUGUUUUAGUUCCCAUAGCGUUCUCCCCGGGAGGCAGCCAAGGCCCAGAAGCUCGUCUGGCGUUUCUGAGCGGGCUCUCUGUCUUCCACGGAGCCCACUUGGGGAGCAGUGUUACCCGCGGUCAGUCUCCCUCUAGGCCCUGCCUCGGCCUAUGACCCCUGAUCUUCUCACCAGGGUGGGGCUGAGCCGAGCUGCUGCUGGUUCCCAGGGGCCACGUGACCUCUGCGUGGCCAGUCCAGCCAGUCUGGGCUCUGGGGCCCCAUGUGGUCCGAUAGGCCCAGAGAGAGCAGCUUAGGGGGGCCCAGGAUGGACAUUGAGGCUGAAGUGGAGGCAGCCAGAUGUCCAGCCCUCUUCCCCAUGCUGGUCAGGAGACCCUGCCAGCCUGCAGCUCCCAACACAGCAUCCACCGAUAUCUCCUCACCAAGCGAAUCCUUUUAGGCCACGGUCCACACGUCGGGGGCCCGGCUCAGCGUCUGGAGGCAGAACGUCACCGAGGAAGCCAAAGGCCUGAUGUGAGACUGUUGGGGCCUCAGUUUUCUUGGAUGUACAUGGGGUACUGCCCUCUGCCUCUCCACGGGGCUCCAGCAGCCUCGUGGCAGAUUUCGGCCUCCUCCCGCGGGACUCUGGAGGCGGCACUUGGGUUACCUCGUGGUCCACCACCGGCUCUCAAUGUGACCUGGCGGAGCACAGGGGCCAGGUGACUGUCCAGAGCUUGGUGGCCUCCCUGGGAUGUGCGCCUAGGGGGUGGGGUACUGUCACCCCUGAGCUCCCUUUAUACGGAAAGACCAGGGGUGUGGCUCCCCAGCAUCUGUGAAGGCAGGCUGGGGGUCCGGGCACCCUGGUUCUGCUGCGUCGGCCUUCUGGGCCGACUCCACUCCAGACCACACUACUGACAGGUGUGCUGAGCAUUCCUGCUUGUGGGUUAAUUUUUUUUUUAAGCCAGGUUUUGGCAUAACAGGCGUGUGUUUGUCCAGUCGUUGUGCUUCACUUCACCCUCACAUCUCCCUGAUGGGAGGGCGCCGUGUUUAUUUAUUGUGGGGCGAUGAGCAGCUGUGCCGCCCCUCGGGUUCCGGCCGCGUCAGCCGCCAGCCACGAUGUCGCGUGUGACUUAAUGCCUUUCUCUGCUGUUAACGCUAAUGUGUUACUCUUAGCUGCUUUGGGAUGGGGAGUUUUGUGUUUUGUUGGGGGAAUUUGUUUUUUAAGAAUUGGAAUUAUAAGCA